AGCAGACUGGAGCGCGCGUCAUAACCAUAACAACGGAUUCAAACACAGUAGCUCGCCUCGCACGCGCAGUUGGAAACAUGGACCCUUCACCAGCAUCCUACUACGGACCCCUGGAUAAAAGCAACCCUGUACUGUACGCUUUUCAAAGUGACUUAAAAGAGUUUAAAGCGCAUAUAAAGAAACUUUCAUGCUCGCCGAACGACGACUACCGAUCCUACUCCAGAGGGUCCAUAAAACUGUUUGAAACAUGGAACAAGUAUAAAUCUCGCCUUCCUCCCUCUUAUUUCGAAGAGCGCCUGUUGCAAACUGCAGAUUUCCUUCUUGACACCAAGCUAUACAGGCUUGCUCUCUGGCAGGGGUACAGACUCCAUCUGCAGCAGUUUGGCACACAAAGCCUGGAAAGCAUACGAGAUGUGGAGCACUUCAAGCAGUCCUUCUUCUCAGACGGCUUUGAUUCAAAGAGAGCCCAACUUACGUUUCGUGCUCUUCAGGGAGAAUGCCAGUGCAUCUUCCAUUUGGAGAGAGAGAAAAGUGCACUGCCAGACCAGAGAGGGGUUCAAAAGUUGCUGAGCAUCCUGGGAUUUGUGCGCAUUCUGAUGCAGGCUGUUCUGCCUGAUGAAAGUUUAUGUUGGAUCCUGUACAAUGGCUCGUUACACAUGUAUAACAUAUGCAGGUUCCUGAUGUCAGCAGGCCAUUCUUCACAGGUUUUAGAGUACUUACUUUGGGCAUGCACAUGUCUAGAGACCUCUGUUACUCUGCUGACUGCCAACUUCCUGCCAUGGAGGGCCACACUUUACUGUGCUGUGUGUGAAUGUUACUUUCAUGACUCUGCUUCUGUUCAGGCAGAGGUGUUUGCGCGCCGUGCCCUUAGCAAGAUCAGCGAAUUGGCCAAGCUGGAGGAGAUGACUGGCUCCCAAGUGUCAUCUGAGACCCAGCAAGCUUAUAAGGAGGCCACAAUAAAACUUGCAGUGAUGGUGUUUAAGCGGUCAGUGUUCGAACCCCGCAGGAAACCAAAAGGCCUCUUCAAACCCAAACAGAAGGGCACUUUGAAAGAGCUACAGCUAACUCCAUGGCCUCGCACACCAACCGAACGUAUCCUGAUGGAGAUGUUUGAGGGAAAUGCUGCUCGGUUUCUGGCUGUGCUGGAAGCUCUACGGGACAGCUCUGUCAGGCCUCUGCAGACCGGCAUGCCUGAAGAAUUUGAGGUCCAGGAUGUGAUACUGGAGCUCAUUUCGGCUGGCACUAGCUUGUUGUCCGGAUUUGGUGAUUCUGAACACACUUUUGAUGAGAGCAUGCCUCCCUCUGUGAAUGCAGUCACUCCUACUUCCUCUCUCUUUGACACGGCUGUCGCUGGAAAUAGUAAGAUUGCAGUAGAUGCUGCAGUGAAGUUUGUGAAGCAGCUCUUCAGAUAUGAACAGUGGAGCACGUUCAGCUCGCUGUCUUCUGCACUUAUGUCAGCGUUAGCUAACAUGGAUGGCCGCCCGUUUAGGAAGUAUGAGCAGGAACUGAGGCUUUUGGAAGCUGUGGAGCGUUUGUUUUCCACUCAAAGAGUAAAAUUCACCAUGAAAGAUGCUGCUUUUGAUGGUCAAGCUGACAAGAAUAUUGGUCCAGCAAUCAUGACAGAAGAAUUUUUCAAUCUUAUUCAGACACUUCAUACUUGUGUCUGCAGGACAGACAAGGAUAUCCAGCCAGAUGCAGACUUGGUGUUGGACAUCGUGCUCUUCUUUUGGGCUAAAUGCAAAACAGUUUUUCAAAGAGCGCAGAUGAGAUACUAUGACCCUGUGCACUACCGGGGAAGGAUGGCAAACCAAGACCAGUGGGUGGAGACCCUGCUCUUGCUGUGUGAAGUGGCCCAUGAGCACCAGCUGGCUGAAGUAGACUUCUUAUUAGUGGCUGAAAUGACUCUCAGAAUUGCCAUGGUGUUGGAAAGCAGCAUGGAUGCCCCGCAGUCCGGGAGAAAAACAGCCACCACUGUAGAUAGUGAAGAGUCCAUCCCUGUUAGAAAAUCUGCAAGCUCCCUGUUCAUGAGGUCCCGAACUGAACAGCUGCAGACUGCAUUGGAUUUAGUGGAACGAGGUGUGGAUUGUGUGUCCAGAGGCAGGGCCAGGUCACUUUAUGGGGAUUCUGCCGUCUUUGACGAGUUGUUCAUGCAGAAGUUUGGUAACUACAAGAGUUCCAAGAGCAGCAGAGUUCCAGAGAACAGCAGUACCACUGACCUUACUGCCCUUUCCAUGGAUUUACACCUAGAACUACUGGUCGUCCAGCACAGACUCGCUCUCAAACUAUCGGACUCCUGGCCAGAAGAGAUGAGUCUGAUGGAGAAUAAGAAGUCACAUACUAAUCGAAUGAAGACCUCAGAAACAAACAGACCUGUAGAAGACUCUGCUGUACUUGAAAAAAUCACGAAGAACAAGAUCUCUAAGAGUGUUUUCCUGGCGCAGAAGGCCUUAUUGACAUUCAAGAAGGAUCAGACUAGCCGAGAGACCAAGAAAAUACUUGAGGAGACCAUAACGCUGAUGGAGAAAGCUGAGCUGGAAGAGAGGAGGCUGGCUAGUUGUACAUUUCCUUCAGAGAGCAGCUUAGGACUGCCAGAGAAGAGACAGCCACCACCAACCCCAUUACUCCUGACACGAUCCAACCACUCCAUGAUCUUCACACCUGCACCAUACGCUCUGGAGGAGGAGGUUAGCUGGUAUUGUAUUUAUGCAAGAGAUGCAGAGGGUGUCAACCUAAAAGUACGACUUAAAGACUGCUACCUAUGUGGGACUGGAGAAAUGAUACCUGCCAAAGGUGAAUGUUUACUUCACGUAAGCGGGUUGAAACCUGAUAAGACGUACAUUUUUGCAGUGGCUGCUUUUGAUGCUCAGGGCAAAAUGGUGGGCGGAGCCAUUGGAGAGACCACCAGGCCUCUACUGGCCUCCUUGCCUCUACCACUGCUAACAACCUGGGCCCACAUAGCUCAGGUGGCUUAUCAAACAGGACUUCACAGUCUUGCCAAAAGAGCUUGUAAUGAGCUAUGGAGCCACUUUACCCUUCCUUCAAGCUCAAAUCCUGAGGUUCCAGAGCUGGAACAAGAAGCCAGUCUUGAAAGGCUGGCUCAAACAAGACUCCGCCCAGAGACCCUACAGCUUUCUUCUCCUCUCCUACAGCAGCUGUUUUUCUCCACUAUUUUCAUCCAGACAGAUAUUCACAUCCAAGAGGGGGCAUUAUUCUGUGACAGUCUCUGUGAUAGGGGGCCUUUGAUCUGGGGCCAGGAGGCCAGACUUGCAGAGUGUGAACGGAUGCUGGUGGCCAUUGAUCUUGCUCUGCACCUCAAUGACAGCGCUGGCACCCUGCAGGCUGUAGUAAACUGUUACGGCCUUCUCGCUCCAUUAAUCUUCAAUCAGAUCCCUUCAGAGCCUGUCAUAGAGGUGCUGUUGAAGUGCUUUUCAGUACUGCUGGAGAUUCCAGAAGUCCUCAAGCAGAAACGCCCUGCUGCCACCACAGAGUCCCUGCAGCACAUGGUUGCCUGUAUGACAUAUUAUUUAACCAAGAGCUUGCGCUCCACUCAGGAGAGUGCCAUGGCAUCAUCUGUGUUUGAGUCGGGAAAGAAGCUGCUUCAGGAGCUCAUUGAGCCUCCUCUGCAACCCGCCAAACAAACAUCAUCAACGGAGCAGGAUGGGAAGAAGACAGCUCCCACAUAUGAUGAGGAGCCCAUUGAUCAGCUAAAGUUUUUAGAGGCCAUUGUCAUGAAAAACAUGCAAGCAGAAACAUUAGGAAACUAUGGUGUCACUUCCUGUAACAAAACGGACUCUCAUGGAUGUGAGCUCACUGGACAGGAAGACCCUGUUGUACUCUACAUGGUGAUUGAAAACAGCCCCCUCCAGCAUGCCUUUAAAGAGGUGAUGAAGUUGAAGCAGAAGUCUUGUUUUCUGGAGUUUGUUGUGCACUUGCUCCAGAAAGCCCUGCUGGAAGAUGAGCUAGAUCUGGUGUUGCGGUGGGAGCAGAACAUUUUGAACUGGCUCAGCAGACGUGACGAGGUUCUGUUCGGGCUAAAGAAACACUCGGGUCUACCAGGAGAGGAGCUGAAAGAUUUCACAACCUCUGUGAUAGAGUACAACACCGAGAAAAAAAAAGUUGGCACCUUUUGGGGUGCCAGGAAGUUGCUACAGAAAAGACUACUGAUUACAUUCAAGAGCCAGAACUCUGAAAGAGAGAUCAAAGCUGUGGACACCCUGCUAAAUCAACUGGCUGCUCUUAUCAGAAGACACCAGCACCUCUGGAAGCUGAGGCAGAUGCGCUCUGAGGAUUCGCUGUGGCGUUGCCAUGUCAAUCUGAGCCUAGCUCGUGCCCACCUAGGCAUACUGAGGAGGAACAUGGGACCACCUCCCCAGCUCUGUUUUAGUCAUCUAUCGCAGUCUUUCUUCUCUCUCGCUCACUGUGGAAUGUUGAUUAUGUGGAAGAACAUUCCACAGCAAAUCACGCCACCUGAAUUGACUCUUCCACGUCCCAAAUCGGUACCCCGUCCUGGACGCACUGCUUACAAAAUAAAAGUGAAACGCAAAGUUAAACACACUAAUCAAGGAGCAUCAAACACCAGUGAUGAGGAGCUGAACUCUGCAGACAGUGAAGUGGAAGGUGAAGUGGACUCUACGUUUCGGCACACCCGCAGCCCUAAAGCUGACGACGCUCCUGCUGACCAAAACACCUUUCAGUUACUGGACACACUUGAAAAAGCCUCUAUAUACAUGCGCAGAGCUAUGGUGCUAGCACAUCGCUGGAGUCACUGGACAACUUUACAGUGGGCAUGUCGGAUUCUGUGGGACCAAACCAGCACACUAGCCCUGAUGAUAGAGCGAGCCCAAGGCCCUGAUGCCCGUGCCAGACAGCUGACGAUAGAGCAGCUGUAUACAGUGAUCACUCCUCUACUGUUGCUUGCCUCAGAUCUUCUCAUGGACAUGAUGGAGAAGCUUAAGCUGUGGAAUGUUUAUGAUGAUGAAGAUAGGGAGCUUGAGGCCAGCUUAUACUUCUCUGCUCCAGUGGAUGAUGGGACAGUGAUCGAUCUGCGCUGGCUGAGGACUCUGAUUCUGCACACAUUAGAGCUUCUGUACUACCAGGCCAAGUGGGAGAGUCUUGCCCACCUUGCCCUACUUUUCAACGCAUACACUAGGGAGCGCUACUCACACAUGGUAACACCUGUUCUGGUGCAUGCACAGAGGAGGCUGUUGGACAGAAUCAGCUGUUUCGGUGGUCCUCCAGCCCCUCAACCUCACUUCACCUACACUGAGAUGAUCUCUGGAGAGAAGGUGACCUGCAGGAAUUAUGCAAGCAGACAGUUGCUGUUUCCCUGUGGAGAAGGUCAGAUUAUGAUUACUGCAAAUGAUACUAACCCAGAGUCCAAGGAACUUGCAGAUGUAAAGAGAGCCAUGUGUCUGGUGUGUGUACCAUUGGAUGUGGAGGACACACUGGAGUGUUUCAGAGAGACUCUGGAGAGAAGACAUCACGCACUGCUGACCUUUCAGCACAGCCGAACUCUGCUCCUGCUUCUUCUGGCUGACACACAGCACCUGUAUGUUGAGGUGCCAUUCUCUAAAGAGACCAGUGGCGUUCUGCAGGAGAAAGUGAAAUUCAACAUGGCAGCCAGCAUCCUGCCAGGUGUCAGUCCUCCAGACCUGUCCACAGAAGACUUCAGCUCUCUGGGCUCCAUCUACAGCACCACCCUGUCUCCAUCACAGCUCCAGACUGUUUUCUCCUCCUACAACAAUUCAAUUAAAUAUCUACAAGCAAAUAAGUACAACUCCCUCCAGGUGCAAGCACUCCAUGACCUUGGAAACCUGCAUUUCUACAAUGGAAAUCGAAGAUCUGCACACUAUUUCUGGAGUAAGGCUCUGGACUGUGUUCUGCAAAGCUCUGGAGUUCUGGAAUCUUGGGAUGGUGACUCUUGGGGCUGCAGCUCCUCUCAGGAAACCCUGCGGCAUGCUGGGAUAUGGGGUUGUCUCCAGGGAGCUUUGCUUUCCGCCAAGAUUGCACAGCACAUCCUGACUUCUAACAUCAAUCAGCGCACAAAAUGCUGCCUUCUCUCUGCCAAACUCUUCAAGUGCCUACUGAUGGCCUCUAUGCCCCAUCCGAUGGCGGACCUGUCAUACUCCACAUACUGUGUGGAGAUGGAUCUGAUCCCAGGCAUCGACCUCUUCUCUGAGCCGGAUCGAGGGAAUCUCGGCACCACUGUUGCCUGUUUGUCUUUUCUCUGCCACUGGCUGUAUACCUCAGGACACCUUCUCAAGUCUCUCCCUGUGCUGGCUCUGUACCUGUAUAUUGCCAAAACCGUGUGUCGGGAUCCACAUCUUACUGUCAGAUGCAGAAUCCUAAAGAUAAAGGUAUUGACACAAUUAGGGGCCUUCUCUCAAGCAGUUAAAGAACUCAGCAGUCUCACAUUUGGCGAGGAAAUCCCUGUGCCUCAUGGAUGCCACCACAGAGUGGAGAAGCCAUCUUGGGCAAAUGAAAAAUUUAUUGAAGGGAAACCCCUGUUGGAUCCUUACAAUCUUCAAGCUCUGGAAGAAGUGGUCAAUAGGAGGCCAAGUAAAGACAUCAUGGCUCUUUAUGGCUCAAGAUUGACCAGGUGGAUCCUGAUGGCCAGAGUUCAUCUCAUCUUGGCUAUAUGUAGUACUAUACAAGACCUGCCUGAGCCACCGCCACCGGAGUUAUCCGAAUCUCAGGAGAAAAGCUCUAGCACUCCCUGCUUGCCUGAUGCCUCCAGCAGUGAUGAGUCCAGGGGUCUCCAGCUCAGUGCCAGGAAACUCACAUUAGGAGAAGUCAAGGCCAUACUCCUAAAAGAAGCACAUGCUCUGGUUAGUCCUGAGCUCUCCACCCCACAUCCACUGAGCGUCGAUCCUGAAGAAAUGGAGCUGGCAGUGGAGAUCAGACUGUUAAUGUCCAAUAUCAACAUGCAGCAGGGCAGAAUGGCUGCCAGUGCAGAUAUGUCAGUGUCUGCUUUGAGGCUCCUCCAGAGUUCUCCUGUGUUUCAAAGUGAUUUCCGCCCGCUGCCUCCUCCUAAACCACCCUCCUCUGCUCUCAGACGAUCCAGAGCCAAAACAUAUCAGUCAAGUUCCGGGGAUGCAAAGUCUGUUUUCGAUCUCCAUACUGGAGAUCUUCCAGAAGAGGUGGAAGCGAGAGAACGCAUGGAUAUCAUUUUCUGGCUGCGCUGUAGACUGGCAGUGGUUCGCUCUCUCGUAGGCCAUAUCCCUGGAACUGCAAUCUACUCUGGUGCAGACAGUAGUGCAGAGGCGCUCCGGCUGCUGAAAGAGGGUCUGGCGGAGGCCGAGGCCUGGGGAGACCCUGACACUAAAGCCCUCCUGCUCCUCCAAGGCGUCCAACUCAACACAUACCGUGGCAGACCCAGAGAAGACAGUACGGCCAUGCUACAGGAGAUUGUGAGCUUGUUGUCUGGGCGUAGUGCUCUAUCUCUGCGCUCUCAAAUGACUUUAGCUGAAGCUGCGUUACUACUUAGUGAACUGAGAGGAACAGGAAGCCAGACUCUCCACCUGCUCACACAGAAACUACUGCAGCAACAGCUCUGUGCUACUGGAGAAUUUAUAGGUCUCAAAAAAGGAGGCGAGGUGGAAUUACAAGGCCUUAGGAAUAUUUAUCUUCCACAGCUCGCCCUGCUGGCCAAGACAACCAUGCGGAUUGGUCGCUCUUUGGCAUUGCAGGCCUUGUCAGGUUCCUCUGAGGGAGGUGAGGAGCCCUGGAGGCCCUUAAUAUUUGCUCAAGAAGUUCUGCAUUCUGCACUCAGCAUCUCUCAGGCCUCUGCCAACAGAGAUUGCCAGCUCGAGGCUGAUAUCCUCUACUACACAGGAGUGGUGGGAAGACAUCUAAUUUCCAUGCAAAAAUCUGGACCCCAGGAAGUCCUAGAGGCCCUGUUUGGGUGUUUAACCACAUUUAAGCACACUCAUUGCCAAAGCUUACGAUUGGCACAUAGGUGCUACCUGGAAAUGGCAUUGAUAUACUUACAAGAGAUCGAGCAGAUUACCACUCCUCCUGGACAUCUGACUCCUCCCCCAUCACCAACACCUGACGAGACCAGCAAGGAAACAGUCAGAGAGACCUGCCAACUGCUCUACUGGAUUUGUUUGAGAAUAGCUUUAAAGAUCUCAGAAGUUAUUGGCAAGUAUGGCCUUUCGCAUGGAUUCACUGGAGUAACUGAAGGCCCCGUCCCCCUUUCUUCAAUAAAAGCCCUGCCUGACUUUGCAUUGAAUGAUCUCUUCCACCCCUGUGGGGGGCUAGAAAACCCUGAGAAUUGUAUCCCCAGUCCUGAAGCAUUCAUGGAUGCUGAGCGUGAGAAAAACAGCAGGAAAUGCCCUCAGCUGACCUGGGUUCAUAUGUCCCGCUACUACAUGCACUUAAUGAACCUUCUACAAGUCUCCUCACAGCCAGGUACAAUGCAUGGUGUUGAUGGACUACUGUCCACGUCCGGUGACACCAAACUUGCUCUCAGACUCUCACAGUUGCACACCUUCUUCAGCCGUCACCAGCCAUCUUACAGGGAGGAGUGGACCAUUCCUGAUCCCCCUGCAGCUCUAAUACUGAAGCCUCAGCAAAUACAGCACGAUCAGCCCUUGCCAGAUCUGUUCCCCUGGGCCAACACGGACAUCCAGGAACUGAUCAUCCAGUGGUACAGACCCUGCUCAGAGGACAACACGAUUCUUCUUCUGUUCACUGUGAAUAAAGCUCCUAUAUCAGCAACGAACUCUACUGCAGACACAAUGGCUGCACUACAGGCUGGACAGAGAACAAUCUGUUUGGACAGGAUGAAGGCUGUUCAUGCCCUACUGAGCUCAACAUGUGUAGAGGCUGAUGGGCAUGUUUCAUACUUCACCAGCUCAGCCUCCUCCUUCAGCUCAGAAGAGCAGAACAGAAAGGCUACCUCCACCCCACAUCAUCAGGACAUGCUUUUGGAGAAGGCCAAACAUGUCUGCACUGAGAUCAGGAAUUUAUUGAAGCCUGAUUUCAAUUCAGCACCCGUCACAGAGAAGCCCUUUGACUCAAGCAUGCAGACUCUUCAGAACCUGGAACGCUGCUUUAAUCCUGCAACAGGUGGCAUGCUACAAGAUACAGUCCUCAUCACAUGGUUCCUCUCUCUUCUGAGUUAAAACCUGCUGCCUUGAUCUGCCCUGGAUCGGCAAGAUAAAACAAAAUACCCAAACUACACAUUUAAUAUGCUAUAAAAAUAUUUUAAUGUUUUAUUUAACUACAAAUAAAGAGGAAAGCACUAAAAUA